CGCGUGCGAGUUCCAAGUGCGCCGCCUUUCCGCCCGGACCCUCCGAGCACGUUUUUUCUCUCUCUGUCUCUCUCUGUGUCUCUCGUCCGAUCGUCCGUUUCCGACCGGUUGACUUUCCUUCAGCGUGUGUGCGUUUCCACUAAUUUUCGGCCUCUGUUUACGCGAUGUGCACAACUACACUGCGAAUCGCGCACCGCCGGUGGCUGUAAUAAUAACAUUAUCAUUAAUAUUACCGUUUUAUCGCGUACCUACGGCCGCAAUAAAAACUCUAAUUGGGCUCGUCGUUUGCGAGCCGCGGAAAUGAGCCUCUUUCGCGAAAACCCCGAACGAUAACGAAACGAACCACCAGAAAAUAUAAUAUAACGGUAUUAACCGCACAAUAUUGUAACACCACAACCGCCGACAUCACAACUUCUUGGACGACGAACAUCCGUUCGAAAAGAAAACUCGUCGAAUCCGCAAAUAUCCGCUCGAUUUUCUCCGGUCCCCGAUGGCGGACCGGCGAGUGACGUGGUACGUGGCCACGCUGUCAGCAAUUAUAAUUUCCGUCGCUGCUGGAAUAGGUAGCAAAGGCGGUCUCGUACUGACCAAAUUGGUCAUACCCCAAUGGGCGGACUUGAGGAGCUCGGUGACGCUGUACUGCCAGUUCGACACGGGCGGCGACAGUCUGUACUCGGUGAAAUGGUACAAGGACGACCACGAAUUCUUCCGAUACACGCCCGGACUGUCUCCGCAGACGCUCGUGUUCGAUUUGGACGGCGUAAACGUAGACGAGAGUAAGUCGUCCGCCAGUGAAGUGACGCUGUAUCCGCUGACCAGGACGAGCAACGGCAAUUACAAGUGUGAAGUAUCUACGGAUGCUCCGAAUUUCCCGACAGUCGUCGAAGACGCCAAUAUGUCAGUCAUCGCGUUUCCCGACGAUGGUCCGAGGAUAGAAGGACUCCGACAAUUGUACUCCGUAGGCGAAUUCUUAGAAGCCAACUGUACAGCCAAAAUGACAUUUCCCCUAGCACAGGUCACUUGGUUCAUCAACAACUUAGAGGUGGACAGUUACCUGCUCGAGCGUUACACUCCCGAAAUAUCCGAAGGGCCGUUCUACAACUCCACGUUGGGCCUGCGGUUUCCGCUCAAAAAGGAAUGGGUGGACAUGAACAAAAAACUUAUGUACGUCAAAUGCAUUGCAAAGGUAGCCGGAGCUGAGCCCAAGACGGACGAGACGAGUGUACGGCUGCGACUCGUACCCGAUCAGACACUAUCGCAGGAGAGGCACAUUCUUAAUGCUGGUGCUGCCAUCAACAACCAUUGUGCCAUAAUAUUGAUCAUAUCUGCUGUUUAUUACUACGAAGUGUACAAUUAAGUUGAAGAUUUAAGUAAAACCUUGAUUAAAUACCAUAGAUAUAACACAUUCAAUUUAUAAUCAAUAAUGUGCAAUUAGGAUGAAAAACUUUUUUAUUUUUUUUUUUUUUUUAAAUGGCGUUUUUUUUCAUUGUUGUUGCCUGGUUGUCUUGGACUCCACCGCAUAAUAAUGGCCUGAACUUCAAACACAAAAAUGCUUCGUUCAAAGCGAAGUCGUGUACACAAACGUGGUAUCCGUGGUAUCAAUUAGAGAGUUCGUGCUAUUUUUUCAAAGAGCUUUUUAAACCUUUAAACUUUUUAUUGAAAGUUCAGGCCUUUGUGUGGGACCGUUAAAAGACUCACCAUCUUAUUAACCUUUAAAUAAUAAUAAUUCGGUUGAAAGUUUUUAUUUUUUACCACCAACGCGCAAGAAACAAAAACGUGUUUGUUGUAAGUUGAGUGUUUUCAAAAUAAUUCCAUUUUUUUCCAUUUUUUUGACCACAUUAUGUUUACAUGUUUUGCAAUGAGCAAAUACGGUGAUGCUGAUUAGCUACGGCGCUUUCCUACCUCUCCCCUGUUUACCUCUAUACUUUCAUAUAAAUUAAUUCGACAUCCUAAAAGCUACGGGUUUGUGAGUGCAAGUCAACAAGCAUAACAAGUGUCUUGGUUGUCGUACAUCUUUUGUGUAAAUACUAUUUAUCGUUGUUCUGUACAACUAGAUAUUAUAUUAUAUUAUAUUUAAUAAUAUAUUACCUACCUAUAUAAAUAUAUGUAAUUUAAUUCAUAGUUAAUUGUUGUUACCUAUAAAAAUAAAAAAUUGAUAAGGCAUACUUAUCUUUUUUACCGAUCAAGACUAGUCCAUGUGCAUUUUGUUAAUUCGUAUAAUGCGUCAUCGCAUGAUUUUUUUUGUUCAAUGAUUUAUUACACCCAAAUUUCCCACCACCAUUGGAUUUAUUGUAAGUAGUGUAAUAUUGAUAAGCUAGAAAAAAACAAAAAUAAACAUUUACAUUUUUUAAUAUAUAAUUUUUAACUUAUCAUAUAAGAUUAAAAUAACAUAUUAAUAUAAACUAUUUACAAUAAAUCAUUAAAAAUAAGACGUAUGCUAACAUUUAAAUAUUAUAAUAUAUCGAUUUAUUUGACUCAUUUUAAAAUAUAUUCUCAUAUAACAACAUCUGAAAACUAUUUUAUAACCUGCAACAAUGAAUGUCAAGUUUGUGUAAUUAAUUAAUAUUCUCGAGAAAAUAUCAUACAGAUUGUAUUCAUAAAUAAUAUUGAACGCAUAUGGAAAUUGAAUAAAAGUUUUUAAUAUUAUAUUAUUUUUUCUUCGAAGUCGAGACGUGUGUCAUAUACUCAUAAAAUAUGUUUUAUCCUAAGUUAAUUGGAAACAUUUCUACUGUUUACCAUACAAAUAUUAUGCAUUUAAUACAAACUGGCAUUAUUAACCGUGUACAAAAUUACAUUGUUUAUAGUCGUCAGACAUAAACAUCAAAAUAGGUUCCUAUAGUUUCAUUGUCAGUGGUUUUUGUACAUCUGUAUUGGACGUUUCGAUAACUCGUCAGGGAGGCUCGAUUCUGUCUGAAUGUCAAAACAUUGUAUAGAUAGUCUGCCAUUUUGUCAUUUCGGCUUUGGAACAAUUUGUUUCAAAAACUUAAAUCGAUGGAUAUCAAAUUGUAUCGAUGAAAAUCAUAUUGCAUUAUUAGGUAUGACGUAUAAAAUAUGUAAUAUUUCUAAUAUUCUUUAUUGUAAUAUUAUGCCCAUGAUAAUAAUUAUUAAAAUCAACAGAAUAAAACAGUUUAAUAAAUCACGAAAAUCAUAAUUAUUGUAUUAUAAAAUAAAAUUAGUUUAAAACAGUAAAUACAAUAUUGCAUUUGAGUAAAAUAUUAUAGUAAUUUAAUUCGUACUGAUUGUUUAUGACCAACUAUUUGCAAUGAAACAUUCUGACUUAACCUAACUUAUUGUUUAACAGUAUCUAAAAGUUGACAUACACGUCUUAGUCAAUAAAAUUAUUUGUUUCAUGUUUUUUUUUUUUUUAAUUAACAAUAUUAAUUAAUUUUGUACUGUACUAUUGUAUAGUUGUAUGUAUCAUUCCAAAGUUUUUGUUACCAUAAUAUUAUUUUAUUAAUGAUGCAAUUAAUAAAUAUAUAAUAAAUUCAUCUAAUAUUUAACGAGUCAGUUAUAAGUUAUAAUUUGUAAUGUUGUAUGGGAUAUAAUCAAUUUGGUUAUAAUAUAUAGUAAUUUAUUGUUUUCAGAUUAUAUAGUUAAAUAGCUUUAACAUUGCAAACCGUUAUUACUUACUGUUUAGUGUAAUACAUUUAUUUUGUAAUCUGUGGAUAUUUAAGUAAACCAUAGGUACAUAUAGUAUAGUUUUUAAACGUGUCUCGUUUAGAUUAAUUGUUUUUAACACCUCGAUAUUGUUGAGAUAUAUAAUUUCUGUACAGAACUUUUGUUGUUUACGACACUUUACUAUUCUUUAGUCUAAUUUUAAUUUUAGCUAACACAUUUCUAAAUUUACAUUAUUCAUAAAAUAAAAAAAAAAUAACAUUUAUCUCUAUACUAUAAUCAACGUUAUCUAUUUAAAUGUGAAAACUACUUACAUUUUUUUGUUAUAAUAUUAUGUUACCUACUUGUAAUAUUGUCACCUAAAAAUAAAUGUAUACUUUUAAAUAAAUAAAUAUAUUUAAAUAUAUAUAUUAUAUAUAUAUUUAUUGAUAUAUACCAUUAUUAUAUCCAUGAAACAUUUAUGUAAAAAUAUAAAAUGUAAAUACACUUUUUAA